AUCCCACACCCCUUGAGACUCCACAACAACUUCAUGACAGGAAAAAGAACCCAAAUCAGCCCGGCCGGUAGCCCAUCAUCUAGCAACGUCUCUGACGGAUCCUCUAAAGACCAAGAACGGCUUCUCCCGAUAGCCAAUGUCGGCCGUAUCAUGAAAAAAUCACUCCCGGCUAAUGCCAAAAUAUCUAAAGAAGCCAAAGAGACGGUGCAAGAGUGUGUGUCGGAGUUCAUCAGUUUCAUAACCGGAGAAGCCUCGGACAAAUGUCAGAGAGAGAAGCGAAAAACAAUCAACGGUGAUGAUCUGUUGUGGGCCAUGACAACGCUAGGGUUCGAAAACUACGUUGGUAGUUUGAAGAGUUAUCUCAACAAGUACACGAGAACAUCUGAGUCACCGACUGAUACUGAUAUUGGUACCGGUACCAGUCAUGAUCAGGUGUCGAAUUCGACGCCAACAAGACUGAUCUCUCAAGGCUUUGACGAUCCGCAUCAUGGACAAAUAGUCGGGUAUGGUGCCGAGUUGGUUAACAUGGUCAAGCUCCAUGAUGCCAAGAUGGUUGUGUCAGCCCAUGGUCAAGGAUUUGAGUGGUAGUUACAUACAUAAAUUAAGCUUAUAGUGAACGGGCUUUUUUAAUAUUUAUAUUCAUAGUUUUUCUUGCAAAAUAAUCAUUAUAUUUGUUAAGAAGAGCUAGGUUUAAUCACUCAGUUUUAAUUCUUGUUCUCUUAGUGUAAAAUUGGGUAUUUUAUAUAUCAUUAUUUGUUGAAGUUGUUGCAUUGGCGAAAAUUAUUGAUGACAACAAAUUUGAAACAA